AAACCUCUUUUACCCCCCAUAUCCCCACAACACGCAGGUCGAAAAUGCCUCGUCCUGGAUCUCGACGAGACCCUCGUGCAUAGCAGUUUCAAGUCAAUACAACAAGCAGAUUACGUCGUACCCGUCGAAAUCGAAUACCAUUGGCACAACGUUUACGUCAUCAAACGCCCAGGUGUUGACAAUUUUCUCAAAAAAAUGGGUGAAAUAUACGAGGUCGUCGUGUUUACUGCUAGUUUAAGCAAGUACGCAGAUCCCGUGUUGGACAAACUGGAUAUUCAUCAAGUAGUCUCUCAUCGACUUUUCAGAGAGAGCUGCUACAACCACAAAGGAAAUUAUGUCAAGGAUUUGUCACAGCUGGGCCGGCCCAUAUCCGACACCAUCAUCCUCGACAACUCUCCCGCUUCAUACAUCUUUCACCCAAACAAUGCUGUCCCUGUCUCUUCGUGGUUCAACGAUCCUCACGACACAGAGUUGACAGAUUUAGUUCCCUUUUUGGCGGACUUGAGCACGGUUGACGAUGUUCGCGGUGUUCUCGAUGGUGCUCGGUAG